AUGACUGACGAGAUCACUGCUGUACCACGCCAGCAGGACAUCGGCCCAGCUGGGUCAAGCUCUCACGACAAACAUCUAGACAGGCUGCUAGAGGAAAAAGAACAAGAACUUGACCUCCGCGAUGAUUCCAUUAUACAAAACAACAAGUUCGCCUUCACCCCGACACAACUACACAAACUCAUCACAGCUCGAAGUCUGUCGGCACUGCGAGCCUUCGGGGGGCUUCCUGGACUGGCCUUUGGUCUGAGGACAGAUCUCACUGCCGGUCUCAGUGUUGACGAGAAAGAACUCGACGGUACCAUCUCCUUUCAAGAGGCCGUAGCUGCCAGCGAGGCUCAUCGACCUGCCGAGAUUACACCCCUCCCGCCCUCGUCGACACACGAGCACGCCUUCAAGCUUGACUUGGAUUUAGGUCAACAUGAAGAGGAAAAGUAUGUCGACCGGAAACGCAUUUUCGGCGAGAAUCGACUUCCUAAGCGCAAGCAAAAGUCCUUUCUGAGAUUGGCAUGGAUCGCAUUCAACGACAAGCUCAUGUUCCUCCUCACGCUCUCCGCUACAAUCUCACUCGCGCUAGGCAUCUACGAGUCCAUCGAUGCUUCCGAUGACGAGCCCAACAUUCAAUGGGUCGACGGUGUCACCGUGGUCGUUGCUAUCGUGGUUAUCGUUUUCGCCAGCGCCGCAACCGACUGGCAGAAGAAUCACAGAUUCGCAAAGCUGAACGAAAGAAAAGAACAACGAGAUGUCAAGGUUAUCCGAUCGGGAAAGACCCAAAACAUAUCCGUAUACGAGGUGAUGGUGGGGGAUAUCAUGCACAUUGAAACUGGUGAUGUCGUUGCUGUUGACGGAGUUCUGGUCCAGGGCUCGGGUAUACAGGUUGACGAGUCCACCAUCUCCGGCGAGUCUGAACUGGUGCACAAGAAUGUCCCUAGCGAUAAUGAUAUCCGCAGCAAGAAGGCCCAUCGUGUCUCCGCGGCUGAUCCCUUCAUCCUCAGCGGCACUACCGUGUCUGGCGGCGUCGGCGCAUAUCUGGUUACCUCGGUGGGAACAAAUUCGACAUACGGCCGGACUUUAAUGUCGCUGCGAGAGGACGUGGAAGAGACGCCCCUCCAGCAGAAACUGGGCAAGUUGGCGAAGCAACUGAUUACCUUUGGUGCUAUUGCCGGUAUCAUCUUCUUUCUCAUCCUCUUCAUCCGUUUCCUGGUAGGACUGCGAAACAUGCGCGCAAGUCCCUCGGAGAAGGCCGAGGCCUUCUUCAAGCUGCUUAUCCUUGCCGUCACCGUCGUCGUAAUUACUGUGCCGGAAGGUCUCGCCCUUGCAGUGACACUCGCCCUUGCCUUUGCUACUACCAGAAUGCUGAAGGACAAGAACCUGGUUCGCCUUAUUCGUUCCUGUGAGAUUAUGGGCAACGCCACGUGUAUCUGCUCCGACAAGACGGGAACUUUGACGCAGAAUAACAUGACUGUCGUUGCCGGCCGCAUCGGUACCUCUGAGCGGUUCGGAGAUGUCCCAAAGGCAGUCACCCCUGCAGAGGAACCUGAGAAAGGUGCCCUUAGCGACUCUGGCGUGAGCGAUGAUAACCCGAGAGGGCUACUCGACUCGCUUGACGGGGACGUGAAAGUAUUGAUGAGAAACAGUGUUGCGUUAAACUCCACUGCAUUUGAGAGCGACAACCCCAAGGAGCCCGGCUUCAUGGGAACCAGCACCGAGACCGCACUGCUCCGAUUCGGACGCGAUUUCCUGGGCAUGGGGCCUCUCAACGAAGAGCGAGCGAACAAUGAGAUUGUCGACAUGUUUCCCUUUGACGCGUCACGCAAAUGGAUGGCCGUAAUGGCGAAGCUUUCGGACGGCAACUACCGGCUGCUAGUCAAGGGUGCCGCGGAGGUUGUUUUCGAUCAGUGCACUACCAUCAUCAAAGACCCCAAGAAGGGACUCGCCACUGAGGCGAUAACGAGCGACGCCCGAGAAAACCUGAGAUCAUCGAUCCGAGACUAUGCGAAGCAGAUGCUGCGGCCGAUUGCGGUGGCGUACAAAGAUGUCGAUGCCUCCGAGGCCUUUGAAAACCCCGACGACCCCGACUCCAUCAAAUUCCCGAAGCAUUUUGCCGAGAUGACGUUCGUCGGCGUGUUUGGCAUCCGCGACCCGCUGAGGCCCGAAGUUCCCGACUCCGUGCGACAGUGUCAAGAAGCUGGCGUCUUCGUGCGGAUGGUUACCGGCGACAACUUCUUGACUGCAAAGGCCAUUGCGACCGAGUGUGGCAUCUACACACCUGGAGGACUGGCGAUGGACGGUCCGACUUUCCGGAAACUGACACCUGCGCAGCUGGAUCUGGUCAUCCCUCGGCUCCAGGUCUUGGCGAGGUCCAGUCCGGAGGACAAGCUGCUCCUCGUGACCCAUCUGAAAGGAAUGGGCGAGACGGUCGCCGUCACUGGUGACGGUACUAAUGACGCUCUGGCACUCAAGGCCGCUGACGUGGGAUUUGCUAUGGGCAUUCAAGGUACCGAAGUAUCCAAGGAGGCUGCGUCGAUCAUCCUGCUUGACGAUAACUUUGCCUCGAUUGUGAAGGCUCUAAUUUGGGGUCGAACGGUGAACAUUGCUGUUAAGAAGUUCCUGCAGUUCCAAUUUACCAUUAACAUCACUGCCGGUACAUUGACCGUUGUCUCCGAGUUGGUUGGCGACUCCAUUUUCACCAUUGUCCAGCUUCUCUGGAUUAACCUCAUCAUGGACAUUUUUGCCUCGCUUGGUUUAGCCACCGACUACCCCUCUCAUGACUUCCUCAGACAGAGACCUGAGCCACGCAAGGCACCCAUUGUAACGAUUACCAUGUGGAAGAUGAUUCUCUGCCAGGCGAUCUACCAACUGGUCGUCAUGUUCACGCUCCACUACGCCGGCGAGGCGCUUUACCAGCCGACCACCGAGGGCGAGAGGCAGUCUCUCCAGACGAUGAUUUUUAAUAUUUACGUGUUUAUGCAGUUCUUUAAUCAGCACAACUGCCGCCGCGUCGACAACAAACUCAACAUCUGGUACCAAGGUGUCCUCCGCAACCCCUGGUUCAUUGGCGUGCAGUGUGCCACCCUCGCCGGACAAAUGAUUAUUAUCUGGAAGGGUGGGCAGGCCUUUGACACACGCCCUCUCAGUGGCCCGCAAUGGGGUUGGUCGAUGCUGUUUGGUGUGCUUGUCAUCCCUCUCGGCGCCCUCAUCCGUCAGAUUCCGGAUAAGCACGUGUACGCGCUGUUCCAAGCAAUCAAGCGAGGCGCCAUCAAGACUGCCCGCGGCUUCUCCAAGCUUCUUCCCCCAAGAUGGCGAAAGAAGGCAGAGGAAGAAAUCGACGACAUGGGUGCUGCUGAGAGCUGGGUGCUUCAGACUGGCGCCGCGCUACUGCGGCCGAUGAACUACGAAUGGGGCAGCACCACUCCGCCGCCCGGUUCUCGUCUCGCUGGGCGAGUGUCCAGUAUUCCCGCUGCCCAGCGAGAGGCUUUGAUCAGAGCCGCCAAGGCAGGGACAGGCGAUAACGAGAUUGACGUUCCGCAACUCAUCGAGAACGCGAGGUAUGCCAAGGUCGAGUUAUCCUACGGCAUCGAGGUGCACCCCGGCACGGCCAAGGAUGACCCAAUUCUACUUACUUCUAUCGGGGUAGAUGGGAAGAAGUGCCCUCCGAGCCAGGACCCGGAGAUCCUCCGGUACCUGCACCGCCCAUCGCCAUAA